AUGGAUACCAACUCAAAAGACAGCGAGCCUCUUGAAACCAAGGAGCCUGGUAUUCCUGAUGCUGAAAAUACCUCUUUCAUUUCGGGAAACGGGAGGCUUGUAACUCCUCAGAAGCAUGCACCUGAAGGGACUCCCAAUGGUUGCACACCAGAUACUUUCAAGUCACCUUUGGAUUUUAACACAGUAACAGUAGAGCAAUUGGGAAUUACACCUGAAAGCUUUGUAAAGAACUCUUCAGGAAAGUCCUCAUCCUACCUUAAAAAAUCCAGACGACGCUCUACAAUCGGCGCUAGGGGCUCCCCUGAAACAAACCAUCUUAUUCGUUUCAUUGCUCAGCAGCGGAGUCUAAAGAAGGCAGAGAAAUCUUCUUUGACACAGAAUUCCCCUUUUCUGGGCAGUCCUGUACUGUAUCGAAAUGUUAAUUCUUUAAGGGAGCGAAUGUCUGCCUUCCAGUCUGCUUUUCACUGCAUAAAGGAGAAUGAAAACAUGAUUGACCGUCCUGGAUUCUCAGAGGCAGAAGGAGAGUUCAAGACAACAGGCUCGACCAAAAAAGAAAGUCUUGGUGAAUGUCAAGAGUCUGAGUUCCCUGCGAACUUAUCAUCCAAACGUCGAAGGAUAUCCUAUCAGAGCAACUUUGAUGAAAAUCUAACCGAUGCGGUUCAUCUCCAGAUAUUCAGUGGUGUCACUUCUCCUAAUACAGGCAAAAUGUGUGCUGUUGAAACUGCUCCUGCAGGUUUUUCUGAGAAAUCUUUUGAAUCUGGCUUAACACAGUUUGGAUAUUUAGUUGGAGAGUCUGUUUCACUUUCUGAGCUCACAGAGGCUUCAAGUGGAGUCAAGGUUGCUGAGUGUGUAGAGGGCAAAAGGGCUUGGGAUGCUGUUCCACUUGACAACUUUACAGAAGUAAGCACAGACACCACCCCCCAAGUCAGGUCCCCAGUCACUACACAGUGUAAGAGGGACGUUCCAUCCUCUGAGACCUUUGUACUUCGUUCUGUGCUAAAGAAGCCCUCUGUUAAGCUGUUUCCAGAAGGCCUGCAGGAACACUGUGACAAUCUCUGUGAUGAUGGGACUCAUCCAAGCUUAAUCUCAAAUCUUGCAAACUGUUGCAAAGAACAAAAAGCAGAAGGUCAAGAAAAUUGUAACGUGCCAGCUUUUCUAAAUAUCAGGAAGAGGAAGAGAGUUACUUUUGGAGAGGAUCUAAGCCCUGAGGUGUUUGAUGAGUCUUUGCCAGCAAAUACUCCAUUGCGUAAAGGAGGAACACCUGUCUGCAAAAAGGAUUUAAGUAGUAUCAGUCCCCUGCUACUUGAGCAAUCACCAGUUCCUGUGCAGUUGCAGUUAUCACAACCAAAUUUUGAUGACAAGGGGGAGAAUCUUGAAAACAUAGAACCUCUUCAGGUAUCAUUUGCAGUUCUGAGUCCUCUUAGUAAGUCUUCAGUCUCUGAGACUCUUUCAGGAACUGAUACCUUUAGCUCUUCAAAAAACCAUGAGAAAAUAGCCUCCCAUAAAGUUGGUAGAAUAACACGGGCCUCUAACAGAAGAAGUCAAUUGAUCACUUUUGCAGAAGAGAAUGUUUGCAACUUACUUAAUACAGAAGCUCAGCCUUGUAAAGAAAAGAAAAUUACUAGGAGGAAAUCUCAGGAAAGGAAGCGCACAGGAGGGGUACUUCCUAAAAAAAAUCAGGCUUUAAAAAGUUGCAGGAAGAAGAAAGCAAAGGGAAAGAAGAGCAUUCAGAAGUCUUUAUACGGGGAAAGAGACCUUGCUUCGAAGAAGCCGCUCCUCAGUCCUAUCCCCGAGCUGCCUGAGCUCUCCGAGAUAACGCCUCCCACUCCAGGCAGCGACAGGCUGUGUCCAGAUGAUUUCAACUCCAACGGUGAACUUGAAGAAGCGAAACUUCCUAAAAGAAAGACUCUUUUGCCCCAGAACCCAGAAGAUUUGCAGAUGAACCAAGGCUUUAAUAAAUACUAUCUGUCUGCAUUCUGCAGCUCUUACACAAAAAGUUCCUUGUCGCUUAUUAACGCUACUUUAGAUCAAGAUUUAAAUAUAAGUGCCGUAGCAACUAAUGAACGUAAAACUAUUCUAAAAGCUGAGAUUAAGUCGGAAGGCGAAAACGGACUGAGAGCUGGCCCUGAGAGUGAAAGCAGUCAUGUUUCUUGUGCUCCUGUGACCGCAGAGCCCCUGGCAUCAGAUGAUGCAGAAUCCAGCGCUAUCCUGCCGUGCCGGGAAUUGGCUGCUGCAGGUCAAAACGUGGAAAACCUUUUUCAAAUCUUCAAGAUUUCAGAAGAUGUAAACAUAAAGUGUGAAAAACAGGAUGACUUUUUAAUAGCUACCGGAGGAAAAGUGCAGCCCACGCGCUUAACGUCUGACUUACAAAAUGAAGAGGUGUUAAGUGGCAACGUAAAAGAAAGUAAAAGUCCGAGUGCGGGUUUGGGAAGAAACUCCAUAGAGGGUCAAAGUAGCACUGGUGUGAGUGGUGGAAAAAAGACGCAUAGAAGACGCUCUACGUGUUAUUCUGACGGCCAGAGUUUAUAUUUGGAGAAAAAUGGAAAUCACAAACCUCCCUACAUAGUGAGCAGCUCUCUAGAAAUUGGUUUAGAAAAUUCUGAACUGUAUAAAGAUUUGUCAGCCUCCAUAGAGCAAACCUUCCAGAGAACAAAUAGCGAAACAAAAGUAAGACGUAGCACAAGGCUACGGAAAGAUUCGGAAGAUGAAGGGCUUGUAUGGAUUUCACUUCCAUUUCCUUCCACAUCCCACACUUCCCAAAGAAUGAAAAGGAGAACAAUAGGUACGGUUGACAGCAGAGGAUUUGAAAGCCUGUCCCUCUCUCAAGAAACUGUGUCUUCUGGACAGAAACCGAGUCUGUCGCUCCCUGUACCAGGUAAAGAAAACAAGGAGGGCUUUGCUGCCGGUUUUUCCCGUUUACCUGGGAAGAGGAGGAAGAGCCUCUGUAUGUCUACACUCGCAAAUUCGGAAGAUACAACUCAGUCCCCGUGCUACAAAAGAAGAACCUCUUCCAGCCAGAAGGGAGAGAGCUCUCUAAAGGACUUCGAAAGCGCGGGACGUGUCUGGGAACUAACGCAGUGA